AUGACGAGUUCAUCAAUUCCCUUCUCCUCGUUUGCAGUUCUGCUGGUGGGUUUGAUCCUCCUCUUCGUCGCCGGACCCGCUUCCGCCCGGAUUCAAAUACCGGCGGCUUUAGUGUUUGGGGAUUCGAUCGUCGAUACGGGGAACAACAACGAGAUCCUGACUUCCCCUGCCAGGAGCAAUUUCCCUCCCUACGGCAGGGAUUUCUACGGUGGAAUUCCAACCGGAAGAUUCUCCAACGGGAAAGUCCCGUCCGAUUUCCUAGUGGAAGAGCUUGGGAUUAAGGACACUCUGCCGCCGUACAAGGACCCGAAGUUGACGCCGGAGGAUCUACUCACCGGCGUUUGCUUCGCUUCCGGCGGUGUCGGAUACGAUGAUUUAUCCUCAAAAACCGCGUCGGUGCCACCAUUGAGCGAACAGCUGAGAGAGUUCAAAGACAACGACAUAGCCAACACUUACUUCAACAUUCGCCUGAGGGAGCUCCAGUACGACUUCCCUACUUAUGCCGACAUUUUGGUCAAAUCCGCAACAAAUUUCGUUAUGGAUCUGUAUUCGGUCGGGUCCCGUAGAAUUGGAGUGUUUGGAGCGCCUCCGCUCGGGUGUAUUCCGUCUAGCAGAACGGUUGCAGGCGGACUAGAAAGGAAGUGCAACGACAAAUAUAAUGAGGCGUCACAGUUGUUCAACUCCAAAUUAUCUGCGGGAUUGAAUUCCUUGAAGGAAAACCUGGACACUGCUACUAGAGUCGUAUACAUCGACGUCUAUAAUCCCCUCCUGGAGGUCAUCAACAAUUAUCAAUCCUAUGGUUUCGAGGUAGCGAACAAAGGGUGCUGCGGGACGGGGAACCUCGAAGCUUCGGUGUCGUGCAACAAGUUCAGCCCCUUUACUUGCCCGGAUGCUUCCAAAUACGUGUUUUGGGACAGCUACCAUCCGUCGGAGAAGGCCUAUAAGCUUCUGGUGAGUAAGCUUCUUACCAAGUACGUGCCUCAAUUAAUGUAG